AUGUCUUCCAACGUGCUUGCGGCCAGGGACGUCAACACGUCCCUGCCUGCUCAGAACCAAGCCGGUGCACAGACCGGCGGGGCCGUGAAGCCAGAUGUGAUGAGCAUGGAGUACCACCGCCAGGUCUUUCAGUCGAAGAUGGAGCAAGGAGAGAACAAAACGUACAUCUCCCCAUCGGACAACAUCAUGAGCCCUUGCACGGCUAAGUUGAGCGCCUUCCGCAACAAGCAGGUUGGCAAGUCGGUCAAGGGAAAGUCGUUGUUCGCCCAAGCGUCGGCGAAGAAGCUCGAGGCCGGUGGCAGCCCUAAGGGGGAUGCCCUAUUUGGGAACAAACCUGAGAACAACCCUUUUGGUAGCAAGUGA